CCCCUACCUUUGGGGAGAGAUUUCCGCCCAAAUAGGUUUAAUGGGGAUCUUCUCACGGGACCGAGGGUCCACGAGGCUGACUUUUCUCAUAUUUUUUGUCGAAGUUGCUCUAGGCAACACUUACCCCAUUUGACAACGAGUCGGGUCCCUGGCAGCAUUUUGAUCCCCUUUUUUUUUCUUUGCUUACCAGAAUUUUGUUGAGAUGAAAAUGCUUCAAUUGGUGGUGACCUUUGACCUCUCUUUAUUAAUUGCCAUAAAAUGUGUAAUAAUGAAUGUAUGCAAAUCAGGGGGCCCGUUUCAUAAAGUUACAUGACACCAACCAUGAUAGGGCUCAGCAGCCAAUCACAAUCAAGGUUUCUAUGGUGGUAAAUCUCAAAGUAAUUACCAUUACUGCAAGUCCUUUCGAAAAUGACUACCAGCUAUCCAAAGAUAUACAGGCUCGGUUUGUUCUCUCUAUUUCUUUAAUCUUUUAUUCUUCCAUGAACUCUCCGGUCUAGAUCUAGCGCCAUUAGCGUACCUAAGGGGGGGGGCAGACUGCCCCCCCCUGACGAGUCACAACACAUGCAAGGGACGUAUCUCUGCCCCCUGACGAGUCAAAACUGAUCCCUGACGAGCUAAGUGGGCCCCUCCUUUGAACUUGAAGACCUUUUUUUUUUCUUGUCAAUUUUAUUCUGGUGCGAAAUGUCCUGUAUCUUUAUUUGUGGUUGAAGACCUUUUUUUUUUUUUGGCGGGAGAAUUUGACCCCCUUUGGAAAAUCCUAGGUACGCCACUGUCUAGCGCUCAAACUUGCUUGCGAAAGAUAUAUUAUUCUGAUAUCUUAGAAUAUAGGUGCAUGUGAAUUGUGGUUUUUUAAUGGAAGUUAGAUUUAUUAAGAUUGGAAUAUUAGAAUUAAAAAAAAUAAUAGCAACUCAUCCAAAGCAUGCACAAGAUUAAAUAGCUCCCGAAUGUGUUAAAUGAGUAAUCAGUGUCUGCUUGACUGCAAGAAAGUAAUGAAACACGCUUCUUUCUGAAAAGCGGAAAUGAUUUGAUGUUAAGAGAUUCAUAAUCUAAAGUGCCGUAUAAACCUAUAUAAAGCGGCUGACGAUCCGACAUAGAUCUAAUUCAGCGGAGCUUUACCAUCGAGUGACUCAAAGGAGUUGAAUAUCUCCACUAAGUUUCCACAAUAAUCUCAAGAGCUUUAACAUUCUUGUCAAUCGCUUCUAAUCAUGUUGGCCUUGCGAUAUAUCCUUGGUGCGUUGAUUCGUGCAGUUAUCAUGGCUGUAGGAAUCCCUGGCAAUGCUCUCAUCAUCAUCGUGUACUCGAAGAAGCAGCGGAAGUCGGGAACGGAUGCUUUCAUCUUGGGGCUCGCUAUCACUGAUUUUGUAGCCUGCCUGACUUUCCCGCUCAAAAUCUACUCCUAUGUGACGACGGAGUUCACCAACGACUUCCUGUGUAAGACGAUGUACUUUACGCAGUACUGGACUCAAUUCGUUGGGGUUUUCCUGACAGGAAUCAUCACCAUUGAUCGGUACAUCGCGGUUUGUAAACCCUUGAAGAAGAGACUGUCACCGAGGCAAGCUACCAUCAUUGUGUCGCUUCUAUGUGCCCUAGCUAUGGUCUUCGCCAUACCAACGUUGGUGUGGACAGGAGUCCAGAAAUUUGGUGUCUUCGCUUCAAGGUGUACCUACAAUUUGUCUAACAUGAAGGUAUCUCCCCGUGCAUUCACCUGGGUUUUGCAUGACAGCAAUGAUGCUCUCUUCUAUGGAACCCUGGUGAUGAUCAUCUUCAUGUAUAGUAGGAUCUGGUUGGCAGUUUACCGCAGGACCAGGGCAAAGAUUGGAUGCGUUCCCUCGAGCAUUACUACCGUUUCCGGUCAGGUAUCUAAAUCAGAGCAAACCGCAGAGACAUCUACUGUAUCUAAACCUGACACAACGGACAAUGUAAACCUUAGUGACUGCAAAACAGAAAACACAGGAACGACAGCAAACGGUGUCAUCACCAUCGUCAGUGGUCCGAACAACGGAGACUCCUCUGGAGCAAAGGGAUCGGAUGAAGGAAGCUCUUUUGGAGAGAUAUCACUAAAACCCGACCCAAAGCCAAAAUCCAACAGUAAGCCGGGCAAGACACCGAUGCAAGCAAGGGCAAGCAACAAGACCACCAAGAUGAUCUUCAUCAUCACCAUAAUAUUCUUUGUGAGCUGGGUACCAGCCAAGCUAUGGGUUCUCCAGUCAAGAACCAAAAUCACGACAAACAACCAAGUUCAGUAUAACAUCUUCUAUCUUUCAACAUUCAUGGUCAACAUCAAUCAGGCCGUCAAUCCAUUCGUUUACAGUUUCUGUAAUGAAAACUUUCGAAAGGAAUGUGUGAGGGUGAUGAGGCACUUCAGGCAGUGCCGACUGUCAUAAAUAAAAUACAAUCAGUGAAGACAACUGAUUGCAAGUCUUAUCGUGUGUAGCAAGGAAUUUAUUCAGUUCCGAAUCCAGAAUAAAGUCCCCGACUUCAAACGUUAAUCCUUUGGUUAAACACAAAUUUGUAGUUGAUUCGCGUUCAAUUACAAUUGCGCAUCCUUCUUGAAACGAAUCCAGAAUUUGAACGUAAUUUCUUGCAGCAUCCCAUUAAAGAAUCUGCAAUUCUUAAAUCAAUGUUACCGAAGUUCUCACAAUGUUGUUAGUACAUGCCUAUUAUAUCCUCUUGUCUUGUCUUUCCGUUUUUUGUUAGACGCGGAUAAUUCUUUCUUGUAUUGCUCAUGGGGUCUAGGGUGUAAGAUAUGUGAUUGUUACGCUAUCAAAUAAUUAUGACAAUGUAGCCACUUGUGAUGUUGUCUUCACGAUCUCGUCUUUAGCCGAGAGUCAUGACUUAGAAAGGUCAAUUGAGAACUGUUUCUUGGAUCUUUGGAAAGACCAUCUGAACUGCCAGUGGGUAAUCCCAAAGCUGUAGUUCCUUCCAGAUGUCAAAUUGAUUUAUUGAUGUACAAUUAUAUAUGUAAAGCGCCUUUUGAGACGUCGACCAGGGUCCUUCUUAUAAAGAGUUGUAAUUGAUUUGAUCAAUCACAACUAUCAACUAUGGAAAUCCAACAAUAUCAUAAUUUUCUGUAAAUGGCUUAGAGAGGUCGACCAGGGUCCUUCUUACAAAGAGUUGAUCUGAUCAAUCACAACUAUCAAGACUUAUGGAAAUCCAACAAUAUCAUAAUUCUCCAUACAUGAAUAGCACAAAAUGUCCAUUGGCAAACGUAGAGAAGCACAAUGAUUUGUCAAGAAAAUUAUGUGCGCAUGGAAUAUAAACCAUAGUUAUAUGUUAACUGACAUGGUUAUAUAGAUGCUGGGCGAUGCUGGCUUUCCAAAGUUGUGAAAUGUCAAAUCAAUCUCAUCACUGCAAAUACACCAAUUUCUUAAUUUCCCUACCGGAAAUGUACUCAAGGUCGCUUUGGAUAUUAAAAAGGAGCAUAAAGACUGCCAGUUCGCAUGGGCACAUCAGAGUUAGAUAUGAACUGAUUAUGCAUUAAUUAUACACUCUAAAUAUGAAAUGGUUUAUUGAGUGUUACAAAAAAUAUGGAAAAGCAGAAUAUUACUAUUACUGUUAUCAAAUCAACGAACAAUUUUAUAAAAUAUCCACUGGCAGCAUAACACUUUACUUAAUAUAGGCUAUUCUUUAAUUGUCCCUGUGUCCUAGUCAAUUCAAUAACAAACAAUGUUGGAAGAAAAUAGAUGAUCUGUGUUUCUUUCCCUAAGGUUGUUGUAUAAUCGUUAGUGUUGACAUAGUAAUAGACCCUGUGAUUCAUCAGCAUGUCGAGAAGAACAGGUUGAUCACUUUUAGCAUUCACAUUUUAUAUCAUGACUAUCAUGAUUAUCAGCAGCGUGAUGAGUACAAAAAAUCGAGGGGCCAGAUGAUGGCGCAAUAAAUAAAGUGCUAAAAAGAUGCGAGCAAGCAAAAUCUGUGACAUUUUUAAAACGAAAAUCGAAUUAGGGGGUAGAUUUCGAAGUAAUAUUCAGAAAAUAAUGUAAAACCACACUUAUUCCCCAUGUUCCCUUUUCUUUUCUUUCUUUCUCUCAUUUUUUU